AGGAAGUACAGUAAUUGUAGACAUCGACUCUCCGAUAAAUAUACAGCAUCUUUUGUGUAGAAGCACUCGGUCUCAAUCGAAUCAUAAUACACUUCUGGAUACUGGAUCUGGAUACUUCAGACGUCCAAUUGGUUCUUAUUGAACAACCCACUCGUUCAUUGGAUAAUCAAAUUCUACAGCCCCGCCUCCAAAUAGAGGACAGUGGAACAGUCUAAAAGAAAGAUGGCGGCGCUGAGGCGUUUUCUUUGCUCUGGGAAGAAUGCCGUUUCAGCAGUCUUCAGGAGGGAGUUUCACAAGACGCCGGCUGCUGCUGUGCAGGUAACUGUGAGAGAUGCUCUCAACCAGGCGCUGGAUGAGGAGCUGGAGAGGGACGAGCGUGUGUUUCUGCUGGGUGAAGAAGUUGCGCAGUACGACGGUGCCUACAAGGUUAGCCGAGGUCUUUGGAAGAAGUAUGGAGAUAAACGUAUCAUUGACACACCCAUUUCAGAGAUGGGAUUUGCUGGCAUUGCUGUUGGUUCAGCCAUGGCUGGCCUCAGGCCCAUCUGUGAGUUCAUGACCUUCAAUUUCUCCAUGCAAGCCAUCGACCAGGUCAUCAACUCGGCAGCCAAGACGUGCUACAUGUCAGCCGGGCUGCAGUCUGUGCCCAUUGUGUUCCGAGGGCCAAACGGUGCAUCUGCAGGUGUAGCAGCACAGCACUCGCAAUGUUUUGCUGCCUGGUAUGCCCACUGUCCUGGGUUAAAGGUUGUGAGUCCCUGGAAUUCAGAAGAUGCCAAGGGGCUUCUAAAGUCAGCCAUUCGUGAUGAUAAUCCAGUGGUGUUGUUGGAAAAUGAGCUGUUGUACGGCGUGGCCUUUGAGAUGUCUGAGGAAGCACAGUCUAAGGAUUUCACCAUCCCCAUCGGAAAGGCAAAGAUCGAAAGAACAGGAAACCACAUCACUCUUGUCUCACAUUCCCGAAUGGUUGGCCACUGUAUGGAUGCUGCUGCUGUGCUGGCCAAAGAGGGGUUUGACUGUGAGGUCGUAAACCUGCGCUCCAUCCGGCCCCUUGAUGUAGAAACUAUUGAAACGAGUGUGAUGAAAACCAACCACCUGAUAACAGUUGAGGGAGGCUGGCCCCAGUAUGGGGUUGGGGCUGAGAUUUGUGCCAGAAUCAUGGAGGGUCCUGCGUUCAACUACCUGGAUGCCCCUGCCGUCCGAGUUACCGGCGUGGACAUCCCCAUGCCAUAUGCAAAGAUUUUGGAGGACAACAGCACGCCACAAAUCAAAGAUAUCAUCUUUGCAGUGAAAAAGACACUGAAUGUGUCGUAGGCAUCUAAACAGUUUUUACUCCCUCUUUCAGAAAACAUGCCCCUAAAAUCAACACGGUUUUCCCCCUCCAGCUACCAGAUAAUAAGCCAAGAAAAGGAUGUAUUCAGAGCAGUUAAAGGAAAGUUUAUAAUGGUUAUUCUGUUACAUGAUGGGUCUCAACAUUUACCCAGUGAAUGUCUUGUAUCCAAAAGAUGCCUUUUGUCAUAAAGGGAUAUUUAUUACGACUGGGUGAAACCAGUUUUUGUGUAUUAUGCUCUUCUAGAUUCUAAGGAAAAAAAACACCAAACACAAUCACUAAUAAGGACAUGUUGCUCAAUUAUUAUUUUUUUUUGUGAUAAUGUGCCCUUUAUUGUUAGAACUGUAGAUCAAAAUAAUACAAAAUUAUCAUUCUUUAAACAGAAAUUUAAUUUCUUUCUCCUCAAGGAUAAUUCAUUACAAAAAACUUGAAAACAGCGAUUUUGACAACUGAAGUACAUCAAUAAAAAAAAUAUAUAUAUUAUGCAUAAACAUAGUUGGGUGAAAACGGUGGUAAAAUGGCAGAUUCUCUUGGAAAAAAUUCAUAGAACAAUAUUUGUUAAAUAAUAUUACCACACUAAUGCAAAGUAAAAAAGAUCAGAUUCGGCAGAAUAAAGUUCAGCUGAAAGAUCUUUUUCUUUUACACGUUAUCACAUGGUUGGAAGAAACGGUUACGUUCCAGCCCCAAAAUCCUCCUGGAAACAUUUUCUGUUGCUUUCUCAGAAUGACAAAUGCAUUUGUUUGCAUAAAUACCUGUAUAAAUAUCUUACAAUGCAUAACAAAUGACACAAAGUCCAUAGUAUCGGUUGCAGGAUGCUAAAUGGGAGCUGCUGUACUACUGCUAAUAAAUCAAUUAAACCGGUUGUCUUGCAUGUAACUGUUGUCUGUAAUAAUGUCUCAGUUCUGAAUAAACACUGCAGAUUUAA